CCGCCCGCGGCAAGCCGCGAAAGGGACCGCGAAAGGAGCAGCGAGCCGCCGCCCUGGGACCGGGACUGGAGUUCGUGAAAGAGGGAGAGACUUGAUUCCAGCAACAUGGAGAAUGAUGUCAGCUUUAAGUUCCAUCAGCAGCUUUUCUUUAUUAGUGAAAAUCUGGUGACUGAAGAUGUAGCAGCUUUAAAAUUUCUCUGUACUGACUUGCUCCACCUCAGGCAGCUAGAAGGUGUGAAGUCAGCAGCAGACAUCUUCAAACUUCUUAUGGCUCAAGACUAUCUGAAUGCAGAAGACACUUUCCUACUAGCUGAACUCUUAUACAGAAUUAAAUGUCACUUCUUGCUCGAGAAACUUGGUUACACCAAGGAGAAAGUACAAGAACAUCUGCGUGAGAAGGGAAGAGUAUCUCCAUACAGGCAGAUGCUGUAUGAAUUGUCAGAGAACAUCACCAAUGAGAUGUUGGAUGAAAUCACAUUCCUCCUGCAUCUUCCAAAGCGAUGGAUGAUUCUUUCUGCUUUGGAUUUGCUGACUUUAUUGGAAAAGCAGGGCCUUUUAACUAAAGACAAUGUACAGAUACUGGAGAAUGUCUGUAUGAAAGUUUCACCUGAUCUCCUGAAGACAAUAGACUGCUACAAAAAGGCAAAAGAUGACAAGGCAGCUAAUUUUACACAAGGCUUCUCUGAACUAAACCUGGAGCUGCAUGGAGAAUUCAACAGUGUAGAAAAUGGAUCCAAGACCAUGGCAAGCUACAAAAUGGAUGGGCCACAUAGAGGAUUUUGUCUCAUUAUUAAUAAUGUUAACUUCAUUAGCUCUCAGAGAAAAGGUUCUUGCAAAGAUGCUGAGCAGCUGGAGAGAGUAUUCACAUGGCUUGGUCUGGAUGUGAGGACUUACACAGAUCUAACAUCUGGGGAUAUUAAAAAUCUCAUGGAAACUUGGCAGCAUGUGCAAGAUCAUGAAGACAGGAACUGCUUUAUAUGUUGUAUUCUAUCUCAUGGAAAGUCAGGAGCAAUCUACGGGACAGAUGAGAAACUUGUGUCAAUCCGCAUGCUUACGUCCCACUUCACUGCCAAACAAUGUCCCCAGCUGGCUGCAAAACCCAAACUCUUCUUUAUCCAAGCAUGCCAGGGUGACAAUAUACAGCGUCCUGUCUAUGUUGAUACUGAUGGACCAACUCCUGACUCGUCUUCCGUGCAAGAGAGAGUUUCUCUUUAUGAAAGUAUUCCUGAAGAUGCUGAUUUCCUCCUAGGCAUGGCCACAGUUGACGGAUGUGCGGCUUUCCGACACAUUGAAGAGGGUGCUUGGUAUAUUCAGGCCCUCUGCAGCAAGCUACAGUUGUUGGUACCAAGAGGUGAAGAUAUCUUGACGAUUCUAACACAAGUUAAUGAAGAUGUGGCCAAACGUGAUAGCCCUUCAGGGAUGAAGAAGCAAAUGCCCCAACCAGCAUACACCUUAAGAAGAAAAUUUAUAUUCCCAAUACCUAUGGCCCCUCCUCCUUCAGAGCAAUAUCGAGGCUUUUAAAACACAUCAUUUUAUCAUCUCAUUUAAAUGCAGUUCAUCAUACUACCUGUUUUAAGACAGUUAUCCAAAACCCUGAGGAUGUUUGCUUUGAUGCAAGGCCUCAUAAAUCUUUUGUCAAACCGUGAAACUGGAGGAGACACAAUUAAAACAAUCCAUGUGCCAGCUAUUUACAUCAUCUAUAUAUUCAGAGUUAUCAGUGUUGGAAGAACUACACUUCUGUCAUGUUAAACAUUUUUGCACCUGCACAGGUUGCAGAUACAAAAGGUUUUUCCUGGCAGCAUAGGGAUUGCAUGUAAGCUUCCAUAUUUAAACCAGGAUUAUUAAUGGUCUGGUUUAGACUCAUCAUGUUUUAUUUUGCAGGCUAGCAAUUUUAAAUACUUUUUCUAAAUCCACUAUGUUCGUAGAGAGAAAAAAGUGAGAAUGAAGAGACAAAACCUUAAGUAGUAAGGAAAAGGACCAAUCUCUAAUGAAAAUUACAUUUAACUUAAAAAAGAACCAAUUGCCAACUGAAAUCAGCAAUUUGUUCCACAGUGCACACUGAUACCCUCAAAUGGCUGACAUAAGCUUCAUGUACAAUGAAGUUUUUCAAAACUGAGUAAAGCCAAAAUGCUGCUUAUUAUUCUCUCUGUGAAACCUUGUGAACUGUUAUUUCCCCAUCACUUCUGAGAAGACUUAGGGUUGAAGAUUUGGGUGCUAUGAAAUAGAGCAGUCAGAUUAAUUUCGUUAAGCAUUACAUUUUUUAAUUAUCAUUUGUUGGUUUAGGAUCAAAAAUGCAGCCAAUUUGAGAAGGUUUCUAUCAACUAAGCUGCUGGCAGAAUUUUGUGAGUUAAAUGAAAUAGUGCCGUGUUGUUUUGUUACGAGGACUUGUUAUGUAUGCCUGUGUCUUUCCUGUUUGUUACUGCAUUAAAGUCAUACUUUUUAAGA